AUGGCACAGGUCCUCACAGGCCAUGGGCCCUUUGCCGAGUACCUGUGCCGUUUCAGGCUGAAAGAAAAACCGGACUGCGAAUGUGAGAGUGGGGUGGAACAAUCCAUCCCACACCUACUUUUGGAGUGCCCCAUUUUUGCCUCCUCCAGAUGCGACCUGGAACAGAUGACAGGCAUGUCGCUUAGUCUUCAGGGACUGCCCGACAUGCUAGUCUGUAACAGAUCGCACCUGGAGGAUUUUUGCCAAAAAAUUACCAAAAGAACAGCUAAGUUCAAUGAGAGUAAGGCCGGGGCGGGGACCGCGAGGCGGCCGGCGCCCACUUGCCAAUAA